AUAGUUAACAGACUGUGUGGCUAAAACAUUCACUAAUCAUAAACUGUUUUUUUCCGUUUUGUGUGUGUUUUAAAGUGUGUGUUUAGUUACUUUUUUUUUAUAGUGACUGUCCAGCUCAAAAGUUUUUUUUUAUUUAUUUUUUUUGUCCAGAUCUCCAGAGACACUGUGAGUGACUGAGAAAGUUUUGAAGCUGUCAUAAUUCCAUCAUUGAAACAUAUAUCUCCAUUUUCAAAUUAACUCAGGAGACAGUUUUCAUUUUAUCAUAUCAUAUCAUAGUUAGACAUUUGAAGAACUUAUAGUAUCAAAUCAUAUUACCCUCGGCCUAACCCUAGAUUAAAGUUAUUAUUCAUCUAUCCUUCAUUCAUUCAUUUUCAAAACGUUCAUCAUAUCUUUCAUAAGAACUUUUAACGAAGAUUUAUCACUAGUUUAUCGAUAACAAACACCUUUUAAAAAAACUAGUAUAAAAGUUAUAUUUCUUCAUAUUUCAUCAUGUCAUCGGAUGAAAAUAGUACUUCUUCCAAAAGAACCAGAGCUUCUGGUGAAGCCUUGGAUUUCCUUUUACAAGAAUUUGAACGUAAUCAAAACCCAUCAAAUGAACAAAGAAGAGAUAUAAGUGAUAAAACAGGUAUGACGGAAAAAGCUAUUCGAAUUUGGUUUCAAAAUAGACGAGCUAAAUUAAGAAAAUUCGAAAGAUUAAGUAAAAUUAAUACCAAUACAACUAAUACCACUAAUUCUUCUAUUCAUUCUUCAAGAUCUAAUAGUUUUUCAAAUUUAAUAAGUCCAACUUAUCAUAAUAAUGGAAAUCAUAAUAAUAAUAAUACCAAUGCUACUUUAUCACAAUCAUUUAUCCCUAUUGAAAUUAAUGAAAAAUAUUGUUUUAUAAAUUGUUCAUCCCUUUCAGUUGGUUCAUGGCAAAGAAUUAAAUCAGGUUAUCAUCAAGAAAAUUUAUUAAGAAAUAAUCUUAUUAAUUUAUCUCCAUUCACUUUAAAUCAAGUUAUGGCAAAUGUUGAUUUAUUAGUUAUUUUAUCAAAAAAGAAUUUUGAAAUAAAUUAUUUCUUCCUGGCUAUUUCAAAUAAUUCAAAAAUCUUAUUUAGAAUCUUUUAUCCAAUAGAUUCUAUCUUAACUUGUUCUUUAUUAGAUAAUAAUAUCAAUAAAGAAAAUAAUGAAUUAAGAGUCAGUUUAAGUCAUCAACCUAAAUUCUCAGUUUAUUUCUUUAAUGGCGUUAAUUCAAAUGCAAAUCAAUGGUCCAUUUGUGAUGAUUUUAGUGAAGGUCAACAAGUAAGUCAUGCUUAUAUGAAUGAGGGUGGUACCGCUAUUCCUCAUGUGUUAGUUGGUGUCAAGAGUUCAUUACAAUAUUUGAAUGCUUUUAUAUUGGAAAAUAAUCAAAUUAUGCAUCAAGCUCAACAAGCCCAACAAGCUCAACAAGUUCAACAACAAGUUCAACAACAAUUUGAUAAUCCAUUAAUUUGGGAUGAAAAUAAUCAAGAUUUCCAAAAUCAACCUCAAUCUCAACAAAUACUUUCCCUUCAACAUUCUCAACCUCCACAACAGAAUUUCUCUCCAUUAGGUAAUUAUGAUGCUAAUCAAUCACCAAAUUCAGUUACAAGUCAUACAAAUAUGCAUAUUAAUUCAAAUCCAAAUAAUAACUCCAAUAAUAAUAUCAUUCAUCUGUCUGUUACCACUCCUCAUUCUGCAUCUUCUAAUCGUGUUUAUCCAACGUCAAAUCCACUUUCAAACAAUAGUCAAACUUUCCAUAAUCAUCAUCCAUCAAAUAAUACUAAUAUUCAUGAUACCACAAAUCCAAAUACUAAUGGUGUUUCAAAUCAUGAUAAUUUUGAUAUUUUCCAUUCAGCAAAUACUCCAGAUUUCUUCAUAAAUACUCAAAAUGAAAUGGUAAAUACUCCAGGUUCAAAUAUGGGUGGUAUAAAUGGUCCAAAUGGUACUGGUCCUUUGAAUCCAGUAAUGUAUUCAAAUAACAAUAGUCCAUCAUUAAACAAUUUACCAACGGCUACCUCAAAUUCUUCCAAUAUUCAUGCUUAUACCCAUCAUCAAUAUCCUAAUAAUGACCCAUUACUUGAAACUUUAUCAAAUGGUUCAAAUCAUACGAAUAAUAACUUGAAUGGUCCGAAUCAUACCAGUCAUCAUCUUCAUCAACCUUCAAAUCAUGAAUUUGAUUUCAUUGGAUUACAUAAUGAUUUUAACACUCCUUCAAGUUCAAAUAAUAAUACUCCAGGUUUAGGUUUUGAAACUACUAUCACCACUGGUCCAAUCGGCGGUGGUAAUACAAAUAAUGAUACCAAUAACUCAAACACUGGAACUGGUAGUAAUGGUAAUACAGGUAAUAAUGGUGCUAGUAACAUUGAUCAUUUCAUUGAUUAUGGAAGUCAAUUCUCAUAAGGAGUCACUUAAUGAAUCAUAAUACUCACAAUCAUCUUCAUCAAUAACAAUUUAAUGGAUCAUCAUUUUCUUUCAGGUUUGUUUUUAUCACACAUUUUUUUAUCAUUAACUUUUACUUUUAAUUUUACUUUUAUACCUUUGUUUUAGUAUUAUCUCCCCAAUCCUUCAUGUCUUCUAUUCUCCAAACUCUAAUUCUUAAUUCUAAUCUCAUAUGUAUAAACUCCAAACCAAUUUUGUCUUUUAUAUAUUUUUUAAUUUUACUUCCUCUUCAUUCUUCAUGACUUUCCCCUUG